AUGAGAGGAUGUUCUCCAUUACGUAAUCUAAGGCACAAGUUCUACUUGUUAUUUGUGUCAUUGUUUAUUGCGUGCACGCUGAAGCUUGUCUGCGUAAAGGUUUUAGAGAAAAAACGAUUCUACGUUGAGCCCUAUGGAAUUACAGUAAGCUCAUCCAAAGCUCAGCCUAACAAAGAAACCAUUGACUGCACAGCUAUUUAUCAGCUGGAUCCAGUGGAAAUUGGCAAGUCUUUGGAGAUAAGGCGGAGAGACAUUGUGGAUUUGAAUGAUGAGAGUGUUGUAUCCUUUACUGCAGAUUGUGCAAGAUACAUUAGUGUAAGAGGUUACAAUGGCAUCUGGGUGACUGACGAGGAGCGCAACUUUCCCCUGGCUUACUCUUUAGUGGUGCAUAAGAACAUGCCCAUGGUUGAAAGGAUUAUCAGAGCCAUCUAUGCACCACAAAACAUAUACUGCAUUCAUUAUGAUCAAAAGUCCCCCAAACCCUUCAUUGAAGCUGUGAAAAACCUGGCCAAGUGUUUACCAAACAUUUUUAUUGUCUCCAAAUUGGAAUCAGUGGAGUAUGCGCACAUAACUAGACUCAGGGCAGAUCUUAAUUGCCUGUCAGAUCUUACAAGGUCAGAGGUCAAAUGGAAGUAUGCUAUCAAUCUCUGUGGACAGGACUUCCCACUCAAGUCCAACUAUGAGCUGGUCAUGGAAUUGAAAAAGUUGAAUGGCACCAACAUGCUGGAGUCGAGCCGACCAAGUGAACUAAAGAAACAGCGCUUUAACUUUGAGCAUGAACUCAAGGAAGUCCCAUACGAGUACAAGAAAUUACCUGUUAAAACUACACAUGCUAAAAGACCUCCACCGCAUGGUAUUGAGAUGUUUACUGGAAGUGCCUACUUUGUCCUAUCACGUGAAUUUGUUCAGUACGCUCAAACAAACCAGCUGGCGAAAGACUUCCUAGAAUGGUCCGCUGACACAUAUUCUCCAGAUGAGCACUUCUGGGCCACGUUGGCACGAGUGCCUGGUGUGCCGGGAGGGAUUCCCCGAGCCGAUCCAGAUGUGACUGACUUAAAGAGUAAAACUAGGCUUGUUAAGUGGAACUAUCUAGAAGGGACUCUUUACCCCCCUUGUACUGGAAAACACAUGCGCAGUGUUUGCAUUUACGGUGCUGCAGAACUUCGGUGGCUGCUUCAGUAUGGCCACUGGUUUGCAAACAAGUUUGAUCCCAAAGUUGAUCCUGUUCUUAUUAAAUGUCUCGAAGAGAAACUUGAGGAGAAAAAAUGCAAAAAGUGUUAAACACAGUUUCUUAAUAGGAAGCCUUAAAUAUUGUAAAUGAUCUCAUAUUAUUGGCUGAAAAGGUAUUUUAUUCUGUGCUUGUUUCAAGCAGGAGAUAAACUGUUGUACAUUUGGCCUGUCAUUGGCCUGGCAAAAUGUAAAUGGUUUUGUUUUUUUUGCAAAUGGUUUUGGUGUUAAGUCAAAACAGGUUUCAGAUGGAUUUCUCUGAUAACUGUGAGGCAGCACGUCAGUGUGAAAUUAAAGUGCCUUCUUUAGUAUUAAUAAACAUGUAUUUACUGUUAAUGACAAAAUAAAAAUAA